AUGGCGGUAUCAAGCUCUUCUCUCCCUCCUCUUUGCGAAAAGAUCUCACACAAACGCUAUGUUCGAAGAGCUGUGGAUCUCACGAUUCUUGGCCUUCUCUUAUCUCUUCUCUUGUACCGAAUCCUACAUAUGAGCCAAAACGACAACGUCUGGAUCGUAGCAUUCCUCUGUGAAUCUUUUUUCUCUUUCAUAUGGCUGCUUAUUACCUGCAUAAAAUGGAGUCCUGCUGAAUACAAAGCAUAUCCUGAUAGACUUGAUGAAAGGGUUCAUGACCUACCUUCGGUAGAUAUGUUUGUGCCCACAGCGGAUCCGGUUCGGGAGCCGCCGAUUCUUGUUGUGAACACCGUUCUUUCCUUGUUAGCUGUGAAUUAUCCGGCGAACAAAAUAGCUUGUUAUGUAUCGGAUGAUGGAUGCUCACCUCUCACUUACUUCUCUCUCAAGGAAGCUUCCAAGUUCGCCAAGAUUUGGGUUCCUUUCUGCAAGAAAUACAACGUUAAAGUUAGAGCUCCUUUUAGAUAUUUCUUGAAUCCUCCGGACGCUUCAGAGGAUUCUGAAUUCAGUAAAGACUGGGAAAUGACAAAGAGAGAGUACGAGAAGUUAUGCCAGAAAGUGGAAGAUGCGACCGUAGAUUCCCAUUGGUUAGGUGCAGACGAUGAUUUUGAAGCGUUCACAAACACAAAACGAACUGAUCAUUCAACUAUAGUUAAGGUGUUAUGGGAGAACAAGGGAGGUGUGGGAGACGAGAAAGAGGUCCCACAUUUCGUAUAUAUUUCAAGAGAGAAAAGACCAAAUUACCUUCAUCAUUACAAAGCUGGAGCCAUGAACUUUCUGGUAAGAGUUUCAGGGUUGAUGACAAAUGCACCGUACAUGCUGAACGUAGACUGCGACAUGUAUGCGAAUGAUGCAGAUGUGGUGCGACAAGCAAUGUGUGUAUUUCUGCAAAAAUCGACGACUUCAAACCAUUGUGCAUUUGUUCAAUAUCCUCAAGCUUUCUACGAUGGCAACCCCGGUGAACUCACCGUUUUACAAUUAUAUAUUGGAGGAGGAAUUGCGGGAAUCCAAGGAUCGAUUUAUGCAGGGUCAGGAUGUUUCCUCACUAGAAGAGUGAUGUACGGUCUUUCUCUAGACGAUUUAGAAGACGAUGGAAGUCUUUCUUCGGUUGGUACAAGGAAGUUUGUGGGUGAGAAAAGUUUAGAGAGGGAAUUUGGGAAUUCUAAGGAGAUGGCCAAAUCUGUGGUCGAUGCAUUACAAAGAAAAGCAAAUUUCCAAAAUAGCCUUACAGAGUCCCUGGAAAUGGCCAAAGAAGUAGGCCAAUGUCAGUACGAGCACCAAACGAGCUGGGGGAAAACUAUCGGUUGGUUAUACGAUUCAACUUCGGAAGACAUAAACACGAGUUAUGGAAUCCAUUCGAGGGGAUGGACAAGCUCAUUUAUUAGUCCGGAUCCACCGGCAUUUCUUGGAUGUAUUCCGCCAGGAGGACCAGAUGCGAUGCUUCAGCAGCGGCGAUGGGGGACAGGCAUGCUCGAAGUCCUUUGCAACAAACAAAGCCCUUUGAUCGGAAUGUUUCACCAGAAAAUCAGAUUUCGACAACGAUUGGCUUAUCUUUACCUUGAGAUUUGGGCUCUAAGAUCAAUCCCUGAGCUCUUUUACUGUCUCUUGCCUGCUUACUGUCUACUUCACGACUCUACCUUAUUUCCCAAGGGACCUCUUUUAGGCAUAGUCGUGACACUUGUGGGGAUGCACUGUCUUUACACUCUAUGGGAAUUUACGAGCCUUGGUUUUUCCGUGACAUCGUGGUAUGGCUCUCAAUCAUUUUGGAGGAUAAAAGCCACUUGUUGUUGGUUAUUUAGCAUCCUUGAUGUCGCACUCAAGCUUCUAGGAAUCUCAAAAACUGUGUUCAUAGUCACUAAAAAGACAAUGCCCGCUACUAUGUCAAGAUCUGAGUCAGGAUCAUCUCAAGGAGAAGAAGAUACUGGUGGUCCAGACUCUGACUCAGGUAAAUUCGAGUUCGACAGCUCGCCGUAUUUUAUGCCAGGAACAUUUAUUAUGUUGGUGAAUCUAGCCGGUCUAGCUAGUUUCUUGGAACCGUUUGUCGACGAGGGAUCGGCUUCGCAGCUGAGGCCUUCAGUUUGGAACAGUUUUUUUAAUACACAUGAUUCCCCUCCGCCACAAACCCUUGAUGAUGUCGUAAGCUGGGUAAUCACGAACUCCUUUUCUCCUAGGAAAAAAUUCAUCUGCAGCAUUCUUUUCCAAGCGGUGGUUUAUGUUUUAUGGAGAGAGCGAAAUGCUCGUCUUCACUCUUCCAACCCCAAGGGAUCCCAAGCCCUGGUCAAGGAAAUUCAACUCUUAAUCCGUGCAAAGCUUGCUGGCCUCGAUCGUCUCAAUUUGUCGAUGCCAGGUACUUCCGAACCGAGCUAUCUUCACACUUGGUUCGCCUUCUUCCAGCUUUAA